AUGGCUGGGCCCCAAGUACAAACAAUAUUUGAAACGCUAGCUAAUACUGGAGGUGACGACGACUUCAAAACAGCGGUUGAAAAACUGACAGAAUAUUUCAUGCCAAAGAAAAACCUCGAAUAUGAGAUUUAUAUAUUUCGCCAAGCCCGACAAACGACUGACGAAACAUUGGAUCAGUACCACACGCGCCUUCGAAAGCUUGCUACAACAUGCGAGUUUACCGAUGCUGAUCGUGAAAUUAAAACACAAAUCAUACAAAGCUGCGUUUCUACGCGUCUUCGGAGAAAAGCGCUUCGUGAUUCAACGCUUACUCUGAGUGCCUUACUCGCUGAAGGUCGUUCCUUGGAAUGA